AUGGUAUUCUGCACUAAUAGGGAUGAGAUCCGAGAAUUCAACAAGAAGGGAAAAAGGCGUGACACGUGGUGCCCUGGAAAUCUUGUUAGUGAGACUUUAAAGGAGAACUUGGUGGAUUUUGCUGGUUCUGAGCGUGCUGCAAAGACUGGAGCAGAAGGUGUUCGCCUGAAAGAGGGCUCCCAUAUCAACAAAAGCCUAAUGACAUUAGGAACUGUUAUAAAGAAAGAAGUGAAGAUGCAAGUUGAAAAAUUCUCCGUCUGUGGUUGGUCCAAGGCCAACAGAGUUGUCAACUAUGAUAUAUAG